CCUGUAAAUAAUUCAUCCCACCUCCCCUUCAGUCCUGCACAGUCCUGCACAGGUGUACCGGCUCCUCCCCUUCAGUCUAGCACAGGUGUACCGGCUCCUCCCUUUCAGCCUAGCACAGGUGUACCGGCUCCUCCCUUUCAGUCUAGCACAGGUGUACCAGCUCCUCCCCUUCAGUGUACCGUCUCCCUGGACCCUGCAUUCACUAUAUCCGCUCUCUCCCCGGACCAGCACUCACUAUAUCCGCUCUCCCCGGACCCCGCACUCACUAUAUCCUCUCCCCCCGGACCCCGCAUUCACUAUAUCCGCUCUCCCCGGACCCCGCAUUCACUAUAUCCGCUCUCCCCGGACCCCGCACUCGCUAUAUCCGCUCUCCCCGGACCCCGCACUCACUAUAUCCUCUCUCCCCGGACCCCGCACUCACUAUAUCCGCUCUCCCCGGACCCCGCACUCACUAUAUCCGCUCUCCCCGGA